UUUUUCAGCAAACGAGCCAACGGGCAAAAGAAGCCGUGGGAGCAGAGUCAACACAGUGCCGCGCUUCUCAGCCUGUUUAUGCGAUUUGUGGAGGCUUCAACGUCUCCCCGAACCAGUCCACAAUAACACAUAAAGUCUAUGUUACGUUCCGCUAUUUUAUCCUCGUGUUAGCUAACUGGAGUGCAUGGAGUCCGCGUUCAAAAGGUCUGUGAGGUGUUUUGCGGACAAGAGAUCAUCCAGCUAAUGUUAGCUAGCCGCAGCCAGCCGCGGACUGUACGGUGUGGACUUGAGUGGAGAAGCUCGGUGCUGCCCCACACUCUACUGACGGAACCACGGGUAGACGUUAACCUAAACAAUGGGCGUCAUAUUCGCCAAACUGUGGAGCUUCUUCUGUAACCAAGAACACAAGGUUAUAAUUGUCGGAUUGGAUAACGCAGGAAAAACCACCAUCCUCUACCAGUUUUUGAUGAAUGAGGUCGUCCACACGUCACCCACCAUCGGGAGCAAUGUGGAGGAAAUAGUGGUGAAGAACACUCACUUUCUGAUGUGGGAUAUAGGAGGGCAGGAGUCCCUCCGGUCCUCCUGGAACACCUACUACUCCAAUACAGAGUUCAUCAUUCUGGUGGUGGACAGCACAGACCGAGAGAGGCUGGCCAUCUCUAAAGAGGAGCUCUACAGGAUGUUGGCUCACGAGGACCUCCGGAAAGCGGCCGUGCUGAUAUUUGCCAAUAAGCAGGAUAUGAAGGACUGUAUGUCUGCAGCGGAGAUCUCCAAAUACCUCAGCCUGAGCUCCAUCAAAGAUCACCCCUGGCACAUACAAUCCUGCUGUGCACUUACAGGAGAGGGAUUAUGCCAAGGCCUUGAGUGGAUGACCUCGCGGGCCGGCCUCAGAUAGCCCCUCGCUCAGCCGUCGACGGCCUGAUAACCUGCACCACCCACACGGUGGCUACGUCAGCUUCUCCUCACUUGCUUAUCGUUGCUUUAUAUUUUUUUAAUGACAAACUUUGACUUCUGGAGGAUUAUUAACACCAUCCACAGUGGAGCCGGUGUUUCUCCAAGUCGAAACGUGACUGAACUGGUGAACCGAGCUGGUUAUCUGGAACAAACAGUCACUUUUACUGCAGAGGAGGGGAAGACGGAAAUCAUUUCGAUAAGUUAAGAGUAUGUCCAAGUGCAAAGCAGGGCUGCACUGGACAUAACUUACACUAAGUACAUAUCAUGUCACUUCACACUAUUUCAUAUCAUGAGACAUCACGUUGGUGCAGCUCUAUGAUUAAUAUAGGUUGUUCAUGUUGACGUAAAAACUGACUAGACAAACAAAGGGAUUACAAGCAGUAUUGUUACACUUUCAGGAGGUAAUGGUGGCACUAAGGAGCUUUUCAGAAUAAUGUUCUCACAUUGUUUUUUCUUUCCUCCAGUUUUAAUUUUUAGCACAGCCGUUAAUAUGUUACACAUGAUUUCAGUUUCAUAAGCUACAUUGUUGGUGGUUAUUCUCACUCUAGAUCUAACGGUGCCAUAUUGAAACCUGGUCAAAUACAAUCCUCUCUUUAUUAACUCUGAGCUUGUACUUGUAUUUCAUUGAGCCAUAUGGUUUAGAUUCAGUGUUGGCAUGCAAACCUUUUCUGACCCUCACUUUAUCCAUUUAUUUAAUGAAGCAAAUCAUUUAAAAAAUGGAAUUCAUAUGCAAGUACAAUGCUCCCUUUUUAAUGACAGUAUUUUACAUUUAAACCAUAAGUUUUGUCAAUGAUGCGUUGUUUUUUAUUUAAUUUUAUUCUUUUUAAGAAUGUUUACUUGUGGCGAGUGGGCAUCUCCUUCUGUAUUAACAGAUGAUCUUUGGUGCUGCAAGUGUGUUUGACUGAUCCACUGUAACAUUAUACAAACAUUUCAGUCAUUUCCUGCAGUCGUUUUGCAGAAUAUAUUCCACUUUUAAACAUUUUGUACUUUUUAAACAGAGCCGUCAGAGUUAGCUGACCUCAUAGAGGAGCCAAACAUUUAUGGGGACGUUGUUUCUCUGCGGCCAUCUCGACUAGGUAGCAUUAGGAUCAUUUGAACUUAAUCUUUUGGCCAUCGUUUAGGUAUAAUACUUGAUCCUCAGCCUUAACCAUGCUAUUGUGAGUGUCUGGAGGACAGUAUGUGUAUGAAUCUGAAAAGUGUGCCCAUGAGUUUUACCCUUAUUUCCUUCUUUGACCUGCUAUAAGAAUUCCUUGGUAACAGAUCUAUGCACGCGUCACUUUGAAACCAUGUCUACCUUUUGCAAGUUCCACAGUGGCCAAAAAGUGUGAGGUGCAUGAGUUUCAUUGAGUUUGAAUCCCAACAGUGGUGAAGAACUGGUGUCCAUCUUGGUCAGGGAGUGCCUCAGGGUCUCUACAGUGUCUUUGUUGUGGGGCAAGGUAUUUUAACACAGAGGAAAAAGGGUGAAGUGUGCAGCAUUGAGGUUUACAGCUUUUACCUUGAUCUUACAAAGCAAGGGAACUGAUCUUAUACUGUCAGUAUGGUGUGUCCAGUCGGGGUCAUGUACUGUAAUUCAGUUUUUAUUUUCAAUAAAAGUUUGUUUUGAACUUUGA